CGGAGCAGGCUGCUCUCUUUGGAACACAGAGAUGUCUCGUGGAGUUCGUUUGGGGAUCUUGCUGAUUUGCCUCGUUCAGGCCGAGCGUGUGUUCUGUUGGUGGGCUGCACAAGCCGAUACACAAAAAGGCUUCUCACCACAGGGUGGUGGAUUUGGUGGCAGCUAUCCCCAGAAUCCCCCGGCCGAAGCACCGGCCCACUCCGGUAGAGGUUCUCUCCCGUACAUGAAGGCCUCCGGCCCGUCUGACUCCGGUGCUGCUGCUUCAAACAAAGUCCCCGAUCGGACCAGAACCUCAGCCAGCGCCGCUGCUACAAGAGUCUCUUCACAGCGCAGGUCUGCAGCGUUUAGACCUUCCCAUUUCUCGUCCUUCCCAAGUGAGCGGAACGGGAAUAACCAGAGACAACUGAUUCCCAACUUCCCUGCCUCCGGGACUGGCGGCGGGGGGGCCCCCGGUCCGGGCUUUGCCCCGACAGAGAUCCACAACAUCCCUCAGCACUUUGGUGGCUUCGCCAUCAGACGGCUGAGGGCCCCUGCAGACCAGAAGGAGGUGAGUGGCAGGAAGAUGAUGCCCUUUGCCCCGCCGACUUCCCACGUGGCCCCCCAGGAGCCGGCCCUCGUCAAGCAGCCGUCCUACGUGGUCCCCCAGGAGCCGGCCCUCGUCAAGCAGCCGUCCUACGUGGUCCCCAGCAGCCGGCCUCGUCAAGCAGCGUCCUACGUGGCCCCCCAGCAGCCGCCCUACGUGGCCCCCCAGCAGCCGUCCUUUGCGGCCCCCUCAGCAGCCGUCCUUUGCGGCCCCCCAGCAGCCGUCCUACGUGGCCCCCCAGCAGCCGUCGUCUUGGGCCCCCCAGCAGCCGUCCAACGUGGCCCCCCAGCAGCCGUCCUACGUGGCCCCCCAGCAGCCGUCGCCUUGGGCCCCCCAGCAACCGUCCUUUGUGGCCCCCCAGAAGCCAUCCUACGUGGCCCCCCAGCAGCCAUCCUUUGUGGGCCCCCAGCAGCCGUCCUUUGUGGCCCCUCAGAAGCCGUCCUACGUGGCCCCCCAGCCGCCGUCCUAUGUGGCCCCCCAGCAGACGUCCUAAGAGUGCCCCCAGCAGCCGUCCAACGUGGCCCCCCAGCAGCCGUCCAACGUGGCCCCCCAGCAGCCGUCUUACGUGGCCCCCCAGCAGUCGUCCUUUGUGGCCCCCCAGCACCCGUCCUUUGUGGCCCCCCAGCAGCCGUCCUACGUGGCCCCCCAGCCGCCGUCCUUUGUGGCCCCCCAGCCGCCGUCCUUUGUGGCCCCCAAGCGGCACGCUGCCCCCUCCAAGCCGCCUGUUUCCACAGAGACCCGGUGGAUGCGGAUCUGGUCGGACCAGCUGCUGUAGCAGGUUUCUGGGACGAACCGUUUAGUUUUUUUGAAUUAAAACAAAGUGUUUUAAUCUUUUGUCUCCUGUCUUCCUUUAAGCCGGUUUGAUACGUAGACGAGGACUCGCUCGGCGAGCAGUGCUUUGGUUCCACCGCAGUUUGUCCUUUCAAUGCAGCACUAAAGUCUACCUGGUAACCAAACAUCUGGAUGUUAGACGGCCACUAAUAGCAGAACAGUGGUGAUAAGCUGCCUUCAUGAGGGAAACCUGCAGGGCGAGGACUCUGAUACCUGAGGUCAAAUCAACUAGAAUGGUUUCAACAUCAAAUACACCUCAAAUGACUUUUUUAUGAACACUAAAAACUGACUUAAUGGGUAAAUGAAUGUUUAUUUUAUAGUGCUAUAAAGGCUGCAGCCUGACGGGGUCUAUGUCUUAAUGUCCAAUGCUUGAAUGGGGUUUGAAUUCCUCUUUUCUUUAUCCUGUCCUAAUAGUGUUUCUGAAUUCAAAUGCAUUUUGCACUUCAUCUGGUUUUGUUCUACUCUGACCUUUGUAGGAGUGAAUUCAUCAUUCAUGUGAGCUUCCAGCUGCAAGUUCAUAAUGCAAAAAGAAUUAUUCAUUCAGAUGGAGGGAUUGAAAUUAAUGCCCUUCAAAAUUUUGUGAGCUUUUAUUGUUUUUAAAAAGAAAGUCCUAUAAAAGUUUGUCAAAAGAAAAAAUCCUCCCAGUUUGUAAAAAAAAAAAAUGUCCAAAUAGUCAAAGAAAUUGCUAUUGUACAUUGGAAAAGUAUUUUGUGAUGUUUCUUCAAAUCGCACCCACAGACCAGUUUCACCAUUUUCAUUUUAAAAUGAAAUGUCCAUAAUUAGAGAC